GAGCCUGCUGCCAAGCGUCCCAACAGCACCAUGGUCAAGAUCGGCACCCACGAUGGAACUUUCCACUGUGACGAAGCUUUGGCCUGCUUCCUCCUGAAGCGUCUUCCCGAGUACCAGGAUGCUGAGAUCGUGCGCACCCGUGACUUGGAGAAACUCAAGGCAUGCGACAUUGUGGUCGAUGUGGGCGCCGUCUUCGACCCCGCCACCCACCGCUACGACCAUCACCAGCGUGAAUUCCAGGAGACGAUGACCACGCUCUCUGGCGGCAAGUACCGAUGGUCCACUCGUCUCAGCAGUGCCGGUCUGGUGUACUACCACUUUGGCAAGGCCAUUAUUGCGGCCAUUCUGCCCGAUGCCUCGGCGGAACAGAUCGAUACCCUCUUUUCCAAGAUGUACGGUGGCUUUGUUGAGGAGAUUGAUGCUGUCGACAACGGCGUGUCCCAGUAUGAGGAGGGCUCCCCCAAGUAUCACAUUGGCUCGACUGUGAGCACGCGUGUGGGCCGCAUCAAUCCGUCUUGGAAGGAAACCGACACUGACAUGAUGCCUCGCUUUGAGCGAGCCAUGGCCCUUGUCGGUGGUGAGUUUGUUGAAGUUCUCAAGAGCUACUACGAAUCCUGGCUCCCUGCCCGCGACGUGGUCAAGGAGGCCCUGGAAACUCGUUUCGAGGUUGAUCCCAGCGGCGAGAUUAUCAAGCUGCCCAUCUGGUGCCCUUGGAAAUCUCAUCUCUACGAUCUCGAGGCUGAGAUGGGCACUGAGGAGAAGCCAAUCAACAUCAAGUAUGCCCUGUACGUGGACAGCCACAAUGCUUGGCGCGUGCUCUGCGCCUCCAUUACCCCGGGCUCCUUUGUGUGCCGCAAGGCCCUUCCGGAGGCCUGGCGCGGUCUGCGCGACGCAGAUCUCGAAGCCAAGUCGGGCAUUGCAGGCGCCACCUUCGUGCACGCCAGUGGCUUUACAGGUGGCAACAAGACUUAUGAGGGUGCUUUGGCCAUGGCCAAGGCGGGCCUCGAAGCCUAAUGAGUGCCGCC